AUGCUUCGUCUGCUGAUCUUUCUAGGACUUGGCGUUGUCCUGAGUAUCCUUAUCCAGGGCAUCCGGUCGGACUGCAAUGUCUGUUCGGGGGAGAGUAACGUGGCCUGCGUCUCGAACACCGCUUUCCAGUUCUGCUCCACCCAGGAUCUGCCCACGGGUGCCGUGUACAACUGCCCCACAGGGUACUAUUGCACGGCGAAUGCUGCAAUUUGUAAUGCCAACGAAGCCUUCAAAUCCUGCGUGGGCUGUGGCACUUGCAACGCGGACAACACCUUCGCCUGCACCAGUGCCACCACCUUUGCCUUGUGCCUGGGCUCCACUACGCCAUCGCAGAUCGUCGGAAACUGCGGAACGAACUAUGUCUGCGAUUGGAACAAUGCAAAUAUAUGUGGCACCACUGCCGCAGGAUCUCAGGCCACGUGUCCGGGCAGCAAUGAUGGAGUGCCCGGAGUGGAUCCCACCACUAUGACACCCUCGGAAUACUGCGCAACCGUGCAGCAAAGCGGAAGGUUUCCCUAUGGCAUCGACCUGACCACCACCUGCAGGCAGUACAUUUAUUGUCAUUUGAAUGCGAAUGCCUGGAUCGGAGGUCUCUAUGACUGUCCUGGCCUCACCUACUUCAACAGCACCUCUAGACUCUGCGGUACUGGGGUUCCCCCACGAUGCACUUCCGGUGUGGCCACUUUGAGUCUAUCAAACUAACGAAUCCAUAAUCUAAUACUGCAACAUCCGAUUUACUAAACUUGAUGGAAUACAAUUAAUACCAAUUAAAUAAAUGCUAUGAGAACUGUA